AUGUCUAUUACUCAAUUGGCCGCGGGGACCGCGGCCGCAGGUCUCAUUAAAGUACUCAUACCGGGAAAGUUAGCUAUUGGGACGAAUCUUGCCCCGGGUGUCUCUGUCGUCCAAGGGUUCUUUAUUGAGGUCCUCUUGACGGCGCAAUUGAUGCUUGCGUUCUUUUUGCAUCGUGCGACAUAUAUUGCGCCGGUCGGUAUCGGACUUUGCUUUUUCGUUUGUCAACUCUUUGGUGCCUAUUUCACUGGAGGUUCGCUCAGCCCUGCUAGGUCCUUUGGACCGGCGAUCGUUAUGGGCGAUUUCCCGAGCUACCAUUGGAUCUAUUGGGUCGGACCUUGCCUUGGAGCAGCCCUCGGGGCGGGAGUUUACAAAAUUCUGCUCUUGGUCAAUUACGAGACGCUCCACCCCGGCCAAGACGACGAUGGGCUUUCUAUCAUCCGCUGUGAGGUUGGCUGCGGGGGGGAUCUGAAGCUCGGGCAAACUCAGGGUGAAGGGCGGAUAAUUUCUGGCCCGAGAGGGGCAUCCAAGCCAGCCGAUGAGAAUGUUUAA